UAGUCAAAGGUAAGGCCAUAUUGAUGCAGUUAUGAAUCUUCUUAGACAUUAUAUAUGCGAGAUGUAAUUGUGCGUUACAUUAAUAUAUUUAAUGAUUUAUCCUGCAUCUAAUAACAGCAGUGUUGCCUUCUGUGGGACUCAGUCUCAAUUGCCCAGCACAGAGUCAUCUGUUCUGCAGUCCUUAGCUUCAGUAAAUCAGAUGGAAAAGGACAUUAAAAAGAUGGAGAUAAAGGAUCCAGCUGACAGAUCAUCAGUCUCUCACACACAGAAUGACGGAGUGAAAGCAGAGCCAAGACAAACAAACCAAGAUUCUUGUCCAUACAGAGGUUUGCUCAAUCUGGGUGCCACCUGCUAUCUGAACUCAACCGUACAGGUGCUCUUCAUGACCCGAGCGUUCAGAGAGAGAGUGCUGCAGAGAACUCCUGGUGACACAAGUGAGAAAUUAGAGACAGCAUUAAAGGAACUAUUUGAAGAGCUCUGUGAUCAGGACAAGGGUGCUCUGAGUGUCUCAACGAAACGAGUAAUAAAGGCUCUCGGUGUACAGAGACUAUAUGAGCAGCAGGAUGCUGUGGAAUACUUCCUAGAUAUCCUAGAGAAAGUAGGCCCUGAUUUGGCCGAGGUCUUCAGUGGAACUAUGAGGAACAAGAGAAAAUGUUCAGAAGAUCACGAGUCUCAUGAUGACAGCUCGUUCAAGUCUCUACAGAUCGCUCUGAACAUCACAGACGGAGCGUACAAGAUAGUGAGAGAACACCAGUCACCUUCUGUGUUUGUGCUUGUAAUUGUGAGAUAUAAACUUCCAAAUGCACUCAUAAUGCUGAGAAAAGGGGCGGGAACGGCCUUCCAGAAUUAUGUGGCUUGUGUGCAGGUCAUCAUAAACGGCUUUAUUUGGAUUUUUUUUCAGGAAGACGGGGUUCGAUCAUAUUUUGAAUCUACAACAUUAGUUGGAGACGACCAGAUGUACUGUGAAACCUGCGAUGAGAAAAGAGACACAACUUGGGGUUGUGAAAUACACAAGUAUCCAGCAAUACUGUCUUUGCACCUGAAAAGGUUUGUGUACAACUAUUGGUUGUGUGGGUUUGAGAAGAAUGAUUGCCCCAUGGAUGUACCGCUUCAUUUAUCUCUCGGGGAGCACAGAUAUGGUCUCUAUGCCGUGAUCAAUCACAGGGGGAGCCGUUAUGGAGGUCACUACACCGCUGACAUCCGCUCAUUUACUGAUAACAGGUGGUACUGUUUUGAUGACAGUCAUGUCACAGAGAUUCAUGAGCGCAAACUGGAAAGGUCUAGGGAAGCUUACUUGCUCUUGUACCAGAAACCUUCGUCAGUUGCACGGGUGGAGGACAAAGAAGAGCCCAAAACUAAAAUUGCUGAAGCAGGAGAACCGGUGGAAACAGGCAGAGCUGGGCAGUGUGGUGCAGCUCAUAAUAAACCACAUCUGGAAGUGUCUGCUGUGACGGGGCGUCUGAGGAUCCUUGUACUGGGCAGACCAGAGAUUAUCAAAACUAUUCUGGAAGAGAGGAUUGUGAGAGAUGCUCGGUUCUCCCUUGAAACACAGCCGCAGCGCGAUGACACCAUUAGAGAUUCUCUUGAAAUGUGCAGCCCUGGUCACCACAUGGUCCUUUGGGUGACCCAAUUAGGGAAUAACAAGGAAGAUUUCGAAGCAUUUGAAGAAAUCUACAGGCCAUUUGCAGCCAGGGAAUAUAUUAUGAUCGUCUUCACCAGUGCAGGUCGUCCCACAGAAAGCCACAUAGAAAAUGCAAUGCAGUGUUAUGCAGGCAUAAAUAAUCAUGUUCUUGACAUUGGUGUGAACUUGCAUGACCAGGUGGAAGAACUCAUUUCCAAAAUGAUAAAGAUUGUAGGUCAGAAUGAGAACCGAGGGAGACUAUGUGAUGAUGCCAAGAAACCACAAAAAAGAAAGCACGGGAAAACUGAGAGCAUGCAUAAAAAGGAAAAAGCCAGUAAAAGAAAUGUCAAGUCAAAUCAUGAAGAGACAGAUGAGAGAGAUCGACAUCAGAAGCAGAAUGUACUCGGUUUGUCAGCUUGA